AAAUGGCUUCCGUCGACGUCGGUCAGGUGGUAUUCCUCAAUCUCUCAUUAUCAGAAAGUACUGGUCAGCGAACAUUAACAGGGAGACGGCAGCACAGACUCAAAAUGAACGAGCAACUAGCAGAGGAAUCAGACAAUGGGAUUCGUGCUCCGAUCACGGGCUACGAAGUUGUAGAAAGGCGAGAGAAAUUCACGGUCUACAAGAUCCAAGUCUUAUGCCAGGGCAGAAGUUGGUUUGUGUUCAGAAGGUAUACUGACUUUGUACGCCUGAACAAUAAGCUUCGGCAAGCAUUCUCUGGAUUUAUAAUCAAAAUGCCAGGGAAAAGAUUUCUCCGUGAUAACUAUGACCCAGAAUUUCUAGAAGAACGAGCACAUGGUUUACAAAUGUUCAUGAACAGCAUAAUGAGACAUUCAAAGAUCUCCAGAAGCAAACUAUUAAGAGAGUUCCUAUGUAUUGAUGAUCCUCCUGGACCAUUUGAUAGCCUUGAAGAAAGCAGGGCUUAUUGUCAAAGUCUAGAAUACGACAUUGAAGAUCUUAAAGAAAAGAUUGAAGAGUUGGAAUCAGAGUUGAGUGCAACAAAAUCCCAACUAGCUCAGGCGCGUGUACAGCAAGAAGCCUUGGUAAGCUCCUUGAAUGCUGAACGAUCACAUGGCAGACAAACUCCACAUGUGGAGACAAAUGGUACAGAGGUGCCUGGGAAACUAACCAAAGAAAAGUUUAGCCCUUGGGGGGAGAAAGUCGAGGUUUCCGCUCAUUCUAGUGGGGUUAAACCUGCAUCUCGCUUUGGUCCUUUAACAUCAACACCAAGGAAACAAUCCCAUGAUUCAAGUGAUACUAGUCAUGCCACAAAUUCAAAGAUUGACGGCUUAAAGACAACACCAAAUGGAGUAAUCCCAGACUCAAAAGAAGAAACAUUUAAUACUUCUAUCGCUUCCAAAAGUGAGUGGUCCGAAACAGGUAGUUUUGAUGACUUUUCAGCAAGUGACAUUGAACAAAAUAGAAAAGAAAGCAAUGUCUCUGAAAGAAUGGCUAAGGAGGUCAUAAAGGAGGAGGACAAUUCUGAAGUAAACAAAGAUGAUAUAAAAAAUAAGAUUUCAGCUGAGGAAAAAGGAUAAGCAUUGGCAAGCAUAGUUUUCUUAAAAGAUGGUGAAAAAUAGGUUGAAUGCAAAUUUUGAGAUUUUAGAGGCUAAAAAUCCACAAUUGUUCAAAUUUAUUGUGCAAUUAUUUUCACUUUGAAAAAACUAAUUGUGAUUCAAGGCAUUGCAUUACUAUACUGCCUCUUCUGCUACUGACUCCUGUGAGCCCACUGGCAAAAUUGCUUAAAUUGUUUUUUAGGUGUUGCUUCAUUCCCCUGAAAUUGAAGUUAUGUUAAGAUUUCUUUAUGCUUUUAGAAUAAGAUCUUCAUCAUAUGGUAAAUUAUAAGAAAUGGUGGUACCCAAAGGCAUAGGUAGGGGGGGUGGGGGUGUGAUGGCCCGACAGCCAAAAAAUGUAUUAGACAUUAUUUAAAAUACAAGAGAAAAUGCAUUGAAAGGGUCUUUUGAGCCCUACCCUACUAGCAGAGCUUUAUUCUCCCUGUCUGUUUCUACCAGUUCACUUAUCCAUGUAGCGUCUCUGUUCUAACAAAUGAGAAUGCGAAAAAACAGAGUCGCGACACGGGUAAGUGAACUUAUAGAAAAAAAAAACAGGAAGGUCUGCUAGCAGGGUAUUUGGGCCCCCUCCUGCUAAACAUCCUAGCUAUGCCGCUGGUAACAGCCUCAUUUUUGUGCUGUGGGUGGACAAAUACAGCCUACUUUUGUCAAAAAUAAGGAUAUUCUUUUGAAGAAUGUGAUUUGAAGAAUUGUUAGCAUGCUGAUAGCAUCAAAAUCCUUUGACAACAGGUUUAACCUUGCUUAUUGUAAACAGUAAAUCUAUUGUAGCUAACAUUACAUAGGGAACAAAGAGAAGCCAACAUUUUGUACAGUUUACAGCUGGAAUUUUUUUUACAUUUUUAUGGACAAAACAAAAGAUUUUAUUUAGGUUUUGUAAUUGAUUGUGCAAGAGCUUAAUAGUUGAUAAUGCAUAGAUAUUUCUAUUUAGAUUUAUAAACUAUUUAAGAGAAAAUAAGACAGAAUAUUUUAAAAUAAACUAGCAGUUUUAACUGUU